GGAGGGAGGCGGCACCGGAGGCGGCAGCGCUCGGCUCCCCUGUCCCACCGGAGCCACCGGCUGCCCGGGAAUUACAGUUGGUGGAAGGACACUGCUGUGAAGACACCGGCAGUGAUAGGUAGGCCUUCACAGCUCAACUGACUCUCCUGUUGGGAUAUGAACAGCCAUAACUGUUAAUUAAUCUUGUGCUUAUCGGUGUUCUGAAGAAAGUCAAACCCUCCCUGAUCCCGCAUCUUUCUGAGCUGUACCUGUCGCCCGUUCACCUUGAUCACCAGAACAAACUUCACAAGAGAUGGAAGACACUGAGCCAUGGUAUUCUCAGCAAGUGUAUGCAAGAUACUGGAAGCACUAUGACUUAGCCAUGCGCUGGAUGCGUAGACACCAGAGAGCCUACAGGAAAGCCGUGGAGUCCUUUUAUCACCUGCCAUGCCAUCCUUCUGCAGCCUCUCCAAGUAGCCGCCACUCAGAUUGGGAUGGGAAUGAUCUCAGACAUACCCAAAAAUAUUCUUCCAGCUAUAGCCCAUAUGGCAGAGCUCUGUACCGUGGAGGAGCUCAGCAGUACGCAGAUGCUCACCAAGGCAGGGAGGAUGCUGAUAGGGAUUGUGAAAUGGAGGAGGACUCCGAGUCUGAAGGGGAGAUAGAAUAUGACUUGAGUAACAUGGAGAUCACAGAGGAGCUUCGCCAGUUUUUUGCACAGACAGAGAGGCACCGGGAAGAACUGCGGAGACAGCAGCAGCUGGAAGCUGAGCACCAGUAUGUGGAGGCUGAUCAAGACCUUUACAAAAGGACAGAGCGUUCUGUGCAGCCACCUGCAGAAAGACCCGGGGAAAGGCGAACGGCAGAAAUGAAGAAACUGUAUGGUGCUGAAGCUGCGAAGAUUCAGGCAAUGGAGGCUGCCAUGCAGCUUAUCUUUGAUAGAAACUGUGACAAAAAGCAACCUAAAUACUGGCCCAUUAUUCCCCUUAAGCUGUGAGCACCUGGACUGUGCUGGGACCUGACACAGAGCUGUAGGGUUGGGUGCCACAGUCAGGUCAUGCUCCUGAAAGAAUAAACUGCAAAUUUUGGUUUUGGUUGAGCUUUGGGGAAGAGGCUGGCAAGGGCAGCAUAUUUCUUUGCCCUGUGUUUCUUUUACACUGUCUGUCAGUGAUAGUCAGAGUCCAUUCUACCUAUGUACAGUUGUCAAGUAGUAAUAGGAGGGACCGUAAUACUAAACCUAAGUCAGAGUUUCACUUAUUUUAUACCUGCCUGCCUUGACCCUGCUUGCAAGAACUAUAACAAUGUCUAUAUUCAGUAAACUGGGAAAACUUAAAGCGAUGUGAAAAUGCGAUGUCUGCUCUUCUCAUUUAGGAAAUUGAGUGAUCCUAUUUUCUAGUCUUAUUUAACAUAGUAGCAUUUGGAUCCUGUUUAACAGAGCACAGCUUGAAGUGUUAUGUCUGCUAAUCCUGGAUUUUUUUGAGAACAGGGAGCCCACUGGCCAAGAUACAACAUAUCAAAUUACUGUAGCCCAGCCAUUUGAAUUAUCUUUCAAAGGUUUAUAAUAAAGCAGGAAGUUUUUUUUUCCAAACUGAUACUUGUCUGGCAGGAGUUUGACUCUAAAGCACCAUUAUAUAGAAGAAUGUUUUAAUAAAGGAGCUGGGGGAAGUGGGGGAGAAGCCUGAUGUGGCCAUGUCUGUUAGAGAUCUGUUUAGCAGAAGAGAAACUGAAGAGGACAAAGUACUUUUGAGGCCAGUGCCUACAGUGAUUUUUUUUUUUUUCAUUCUAAUAAAAAGCAUGUAAUUGGUUUGAAGCUUUAAAGAAGAUGUGUUAGU